AUGAAAAUAAUCAAAUGGCGCUGGAGCAGCAUCUUCAUCUGUGAAAGUUCUCACCUGAAGGGGACCCUGGCCAUUGUCCUCUUUGUAGGAAACAUUGCCUUUGUGAUAUCUCAGGAUAACGCGCAGACGUCAAACAGCCUCGAAGAAGGAGCAGAUGUCACGGCAUACUGGUGGGGGGAGUGGACCAAAUGGACAGCAUGCACAAGAACCUGUGGGGGAGGUGUCAAAUCCCAGGAAAGGCACUGCCUCCGGCAGAGAAGAAAGUCAGUGAGUGGGCUUGCUAACAAAACUUGCACUGGGACAUCCAAAAGAUACCAGCUCUGCAAAGUACAAGAGUGCCCUCCCACCGGAAGGAGCUUUCGAGAGGAACAGUGUUCAUCAUUUAACUCCCAUGUGUAUAACGGAAGAACGUAUCAAUGGAAACCUUUAUAUCCUGAUGACUAUGUUCACAUUUCUAGCAAGCCCUGUGACCUCCAUUGCACCACUGUGGAUGGUCAGAGACAGUUAAUGGUUCAGGCUCGGGAUGGAACAUCCUGCAAAUACACUGAUUUCCGAGGGGUUUGCGUGUCUGGAAAAUGUGAGCCAAUUGGAUGUGAUGGGAUUCUAUUUUCCACCCACAUGUUGGAUAAAUGUGGGGUUUGCCAAGGGGAUGGGAGUAGCUGCACUCAUGUAACUGGGAGUUACAGAAAAGGAAAUUCUCAUCUCGGCUAUUCUCUGGUAACGCACAUUCCUGCUGGAGCCAGAGAUAUCCAGAUAGUAGAACGGAAAAAAUCGGCAGAUGUUUUGGCUGUUGCAGAUGAAGCUGGGUACUAUUUUUUCAACGGGAAUUACAAAGUCGACAGCCCAAAGAACUUCAACAUUGCAGGCACGGUGUUCAAGUACAGGAGGCCUAUGGAUGUUUAUGAGACUGGCAUAGAAUAUAUCGUCGCCCAGGGGCCGACUAAUCAAGGCUUGAAUAUAAUGGUAUGGAACCAAAAUGGCAAGAACCCAUCCAUAACAUUUGAAUAUACUCUUCUAAGGAAGCCACAUUCAAAAAUUAUUCAGCCUAUCUACUACACCUUUUCUGAAUCCGAGAGUGAGGAGAGCAGAGAGUUUGAUGGAGAAGUGCCUUUGGGGUUUAGCCAGCGCAAUGCCAGCUACUUCGGGAAACUCUCCAGGGAAAGGAUAGAUCUGGCGAACCAGGUGUUUGGGAGGCAGGACACUGAGGAAGACCUGAACUUGAGCAAAGGUCAGGAAACGAAUGAAGUUUAUGAAAGAUCAGAAGCAAUUGACUGUGAACCAAAACUGAAGGGCAAACAACCCAAAGAUUCAAACGCAACCAGGUCUGCUUACCUGACAGACAGAGAUGACAGAGACUUUGACUCGCGAUUCACCUCCAAGGAGUUCCUGUCAGAAAAUGCAAUUACCGACAAGCUUCUGGACAAAACCUCGGACUCGAAAGAAUUAGUUCGGAACAUGACCAUGAAUAGCAUCUUUGCCCAAGGGGACCCAAUCAACUCUGUGGGGUCGCACAUAGACAGCCUUUACGUCGACUACGAAGACAAUGAAGGGGUGGUGACGUACAGCAUCAACGGCACCUACAUGGAGCUGAGCAGCGACAAAAUAAUCAACACUUCAUCAGAGACUCAGUUUUCGAACGCUACCAUUACCCUGACCAGCCCCCAAGGGAACAGAACCCACAAAGCAAGAAACAGAUUGAAGUUGUUAAGAAAGGGCCAAGGUGUGAGUGCUGCUGACAUGUACAGGUGGAAGCUUUCCUCCCACGAACCCUGCAGCUCUACAUGCACUACAGGAGUGAUGUCCACAUAUGCAAUGUGUGUUCGUUAUGAUGGGAUCGAAGUGGAUGAUACGUACUGUGAUGCCAUGACCCGUCCCGAGCCUGUCCAUGAGUUCUGUGCUGGAAGAGAAUGCCAGCCAAGGUGGGAGACGAGUAGCUGGAGCGAGUGUUCCCGCACCUGCGGGGAAGGAUACCAGUUUCGCAUCGUCCGAUGCUGGAAGAUGAUCUCUCCUGGUUUCGACAGCUCUGUCUAUAGCGAUCUGUGCGAAUCUGCUGAUAUUACCCGGCCGGACGAACGCAAAAUCUGCAAGAACCCAGCAUGUGGGCCUCAGUGGGAAAUGUCCGAAUGGUCAGAGUGUUCGGCCAGGUGCGGCGAGAGGAGCGUGGUGACCAGGGACAUCCGGUGCUCAGAAGAUGAGAAACUGUGUGAUGUGAACACCAAGCCGCCGGCUGAGAAGAACUGCACCGGGCCCCCCUGCGACCGGCAAUGGACUGUGUCUGACUGGGGACCGUGCAGUGGCAGCUGCGGGCAAGGGAGGAUGAUCAGGCACGUGUACUGUAAAACCAGCGAUGGCCGUGUGGUGCCAGAGUCCCAGUGCAACCUGGAGACCAAGCCGCUUGCUAUCCACCCCUGCGGGGACAAGAACUGCCCUUCCCAUUGGCUGGCACAGGACUGGGAACGGUGCAACACCACGUGCGGCCGGGGGGUGAAGAAGAGGAUAGUGCUGUGCCUGGAGAUUGUCAAUGGGAAAAUCAAAACACGGAACCCCAUCGACUGUGACGUCACCAAGAAACCCAUAGAAGAAACCACCUGCUUUGAACGGCCUUGUUUCAAGUGGUACACGACUCCCUGGUCUGAGUGCACCAAAACCUGCGGCGUUGGCGUGAGAAUGCGAGAUGUGAAGUGCUACCAGGGCACAGAUAUUGUUCGUGGCUGUGACCCGCUUGUGAAGCCUGUUGGUAAACAAACCUGUGACCUGCAGCCCUGCCCUACUGAGCCACCAGAUGACAGCUGUCAGGACCAAGCUGGAACGAACUGUGCUUUGGCAAUCAAAGUGAAUCUCUGCAGCCACUGGUAUUACAGCAAAGCCUGCUGCAGGUCCUGCAGGGCUCCCCACUCCUAG